AUGGCGUCGCCAUUAGUUCUACUCCCGGGCGACGAAGUCCCCUCCGAAUAUCUACCAUCCAGUAAUUCCGGUCCCUUGAGACUUGGAGCAGGUCUUCGUCUCCUCUCGCAACCGUCGUCGAACCCCCCCAGCCAUGUCAUAUCCGCCACACAACCCGGGCUCCUCUCAACAGAUAACAAAAGAAACGCCGUCUCGAUCCUCUCUACCCCGAACCGUCGCUACCUCCCGACACCAGGCGAUCUUGUGAUCGCGCAGAUCCACCACUCCAGUCCGGAUUACUUCCAUUGUAUGGUUACGCCGCAAGCGCCCCAGACACUGCUGGGGCAGCUUUCAUUUGAGGGUGCGACGAAGAAGACGCGGCCAAUGCUGAAACAAGGCGAUCUGGUCUAUGCUCGUGUGUUGUCGACUGGUUUGGGCGCUGGCGCGGAGGUGGAACUUACAUGUGUCAAUCCGGCGACGGGACGGGCUGAUGGGGGAUUGGGUCCGUUAACUGGCGGUAUGGUUUUUGAUGUGUCGACUGGGUUGGCGGCUCGGUUGAUAAAGGCGAGCUCUUCAUCGGCGGAGCAACAGGAUGGUGUGGCAGGCUUGGUGGUCCUGGAUGAACUGGGCAAGAAGCUGGAGAAGGCAGGUGGAUUUGAGAUCGCUGUGGGGAGGAAUGGAAAGGUUUGGGUGGAUUGCGCCAAUGGAGGCGAUUAUGCUGUCAAGGCGACGGUCGCAAUUGGGCGAUGCCUGAGUACCAUCGACGAGCAUGAAUUGAGCUCGACAGAUCAGAGGAAGUUGGUGACCAGGAUAUUACGAGAAAUGAAGAUAGAAUCGUGA